AUGGCGGAAGAAAAAUUAAUAGAGGCAGUGAGGGAACACAGAGAGCUGUAUGACACAAAACACGCAGACUACAUGAAGGACAAACUCAAGAACCGGAUUUGGAGUGAUAUAGCAAAGGAUAUGAAUUUGAAAGACGGGGAAGAGACAAAAAAUUCGUGGCUGAAGCUGAGAGGCAGCUAUCGAGAUGCACGACGACGACAGGUGAAAUAUAUGAAAAGCGGAGCUGCUGCUGAGAAUAUCAAGCCGUGGAGAUAUCAAAACCAGAUGUCAUUUCUUGAACCUUUUAUGACAACUGGUCCACGUGAUAGUAAUCUAGGUGAUGACAGUGAUCACAGCUCACAAGCUACAACUAAAACAUCAGCAAGAAGUGAUACAGUGGAAACCGAGGAAUUAGAAGAUAGCCGGCCAGAGUAG